UUUUUGUUCAAACAUUAGUUUAUCUUUUUUUGGAACUGCAAUCCCAAUUUUUCAUUAUGGUUGGAACCAGCAGCGGCGUCUCGUCCUACGCCAGUCGUACUGGCUCGCUUUCACUGUCCACCACCGGCACAUCGAGCACCCUCAACCUUGGUGGCAAUGCCGGUCUGUCGUCGCUGGCCAACGGUGGCGGAUCCUCGAAAUCGACCAUUCCGUCUCCCGGAAUUUUCACGAGCGCUAGUCUGAUUGGCAGCCGCAGCAGCAGCAGCAGCAGCCCCGGCCGCUCGACGGCGGACGACCUCACUGGCAGUGUCUUCUACCUGGAUGGCCUGACUGGGGCCAUGCGCACCACGGCGACCGCGCUCAUCAAGCAAGCAGGCGCUGACGUAUCUUUGAGUUUUCUUCCCGGAAAGGUCUCGCACGUUGUGCGCGGGCCUGCAGCUGCACUCCAGGCAUCGACGCUGGCCGAGGCACGACCAAGCCCAACCAUCCUGGCGUCGGUCGAUGAGCUCACUUCGUUUGUGCAGAGCGCCACUCGAGUGCGCGAGCCGCUCGCAGCCAAGUCCGCAAUCAGUGCAGGCUCCAUUGCUCCUGUUGGCGGCAGCGUCAUGUCCCAACCUGGCGGUAGAUAUCAUGCUGCCGAUCGCCGCCAGCAAGCGCCGUCGGGUGCGCUGCCCUUCGCGUCAACCAACCCUGAGGCCAUCCCCGUCGUGACCAAAAUCGUGCCAGAGCGGAUUCCUGCGCGCGGUGAUUGCCAACUUGCCAUCUACGGCAUGCACUUUUCCCCGAGUCCCCAGUUUUGCAUUGUUGUGGACUCGAUCCGUGCGACCGACUACGAGUUUCACGGUACGUCGUCGGUCUUGUGCAGGCUGCCGGCGACUAUGAUUGGCCUGUCCCGUGCACUUGUGUCGGCUUCCAACAAUGGCCGCGAGUUUGGCAUGGGUGUCUAUGUCACAGUCGAGGACGCAACGGCAGCGCUCGUUCAGCAAACGCAAGAGCAGCGUCUGACACUGAUGGCAAGCCAGCUUUUGAAUCUCAACCGUGCCAUGUCCAACAUUGUUGAGAUGGAGCACCAGCUGUUCACCGAAAUGAAGGCCCUGGCGCCCAACGCGAACGGCGCGCUUAGCGAUUUGUUGGAACAGCUGCAGCGCCAGAUCGCAACUGCAGGCUCGUCCUCCCUUCCUGCGCUCUCGAUGGGGCCCUCACGCAUGGCGCUUAUGCCCGCUUCUGCCGACACGAGCCGCGUCGUGCCUGGCACUCCCAUGGCGGAUUUCAAGCCGCGCCCGCUGCCGUCCGCUGUGUUUGACGAGCCGCGAGAAAUUCGAGUCUUUAUCUCGUCCCCAUUCAAAGACAUGCAAGGCGAGCGUAACGCAAUGACCCGAAAGUCAUUCCCCAAGCUGCGCAAGCUCUGCAUGGAGCGCGACAUUAUGCUCAGCUUUGUGGACUUGCGCUGGGGUGUCACUGGCUCACAGAGCGAGCAUGGCGUGACGUUGCUGCUGUGUUUGCGUGAGCUUGAGCGCUGCAACGUCGUGGUGGGUUGCCUUGGUGAGCGCUACGGACCGUCUCUCUCCUCCGGCUUGGGUCAGCAGACGCACGACACGCUCUCCAAAUCCGUGGAAGUGGCCUCCAAGCUUUUCCCCUGGGUUUCACAGUACCGCGAUCGUAGUGUCACCGAGCUUGAGAUGCGCAUGGUCUUGUCCCCGGAAGCAUCCGCGAAGCGAGCCUGCUUGUUUUACCUGCGUGACCCGUACUAUGUCCAGGAAGUGCCCCAGAACCAACGCCUGGACUUUGUGUCGGAAGGCCCCGAGUCGGCGCAGCUUCUGACCAAUCUCAAAAAGGAUAUUCGCGAGUUUGCCGGCAGGCGUCCCGGCGACCAGUUUGCGCAUUGCCGCGAUUACAAGCGUCCUGCACAGCUGGCAGAGAUGGUGUUUGAAGAUCUCCGCAAGCACAUCGACAUCAAAUUCCCUGUGGGAUCGCAACUCUCGGCGCAAGAAAAGGAGCGCUUCCGCCAUGCUUCCACAGCACGCACGCUGCAGCGUGUCUAUCUCGCAAACGAAGAGCACUUUAACGCUCUGGACAAGUACAUCCAGGGCGACAGCGAGCAGCCCCUGGCCGUGCUCGGUGGCAGUGGGCUUGGCAAGUCUGCCCUGUUGGCCAACUGGUACAAGCGCCACAGCGAGGAUCACCCCGAAGACAUUGUCUUUAUGCACUUUGUCGGGUGCUCGGCUGACUCGACGUCCUCCCGGCUGAUUCUUGCUCGUUUCCUGGAUGAACUCACCGUUCAACUCAAGUUGCGUUGCCAACCAGCGUUGAAUGGCGGCGCGGCCCCUCCCACGAGCAAGGCGGCUCGGGAGCUCAAGAUGGCGACUGCCGACGAGUUUGUGCAAGCUCUUUCCACCUUGCUGGAGCAGUACCGGACAAUCCCGCGCGUUGUGGUCCUGAUUGACGGCCUGGACAAGAUUGACACGCGCGGCAACGCACACGAGCUUGUGUGGCUGCCGCACACCUUCCCGCCAGCCAUCCGCAUGAUCUUUACCAUGAGCCCCAAGAGCCAGACCUUUGAGGUGCUCAGCAAGCGUGGGUGCGAAAAGCACGAGAUCAAGCCGCUGACGGAAGCCGAGCGCAAGGCCUUUGUGCGCAUGUACCUGCGCCAAAGCGGCAAGCAGCUCAACGACCAACUUGAGCAGAAAGUUGCUGCCAGUUCAGCCACCGCCAAUCCUCUCUUCCUUCAAACCCUGUGCGAGGAUAUUGCGGUGUACGAGAGACACGACGACCUUGCUGACAGAGUUGCCACUAUUCUUCGAGCAACCACCACCGCUGACUUGUACGCCAUUGUCCUGCAGCGUCUGAUUAAGGACUACGAUCCGGAUCGCAAGGGCAUUGUGCAACACUUGCUGUGCCUCCUGUGGGCAGCCCGUCGCGGCCUCUCGUUCAACGAGCUGCAGCAAGCUCUGGACGGCUUUCAGGUUCACGCCGUGGACUAUGAGGACCUCUUGUCUGUUGUGGAGGAGAUGCUCAGCUCUGGUGGCGGGCUGCUGUCCUUUUCCUCGGUGGAUUUCGCACAAGCGGUCGCCAACACGUUCAUGCCCCAGGAAGGCGAUCGGUUGCGCUAUCACCAGCGGCUUGCACAAUGCUUUGGCGGCAUUCCCGACCUGUCCGAUCGAAAGCUGGACGAGCUUCCGUACCACCUGCUGAAGGCAAAGAACGUGCAAGGCGCAAUCACGUUCCUGACCGACUGGCGUGUGUUUGACAAGCUUUCGCAGGAGCAUUCACGCUACGACCUGGCCAACUUUUGGUACCAGAUCGAGGAGGCUUCAUCCGGCAAGUCGGAUGCUGCAGUGUGCUACCUCGAGCUGAUGGGACGUGGUGACUUUCCACCCGGCGUUGUGCGUGGUGACUGCGUCUUCCGUCUGGCCGAGUUCUUGCGCGAGAUUGCGAAAUACGACGGCGCCGAAAAGGCGUACACGAAGGCUCGAGAGUACUACAUGAAUAGCACGCAAAAGCUUCAGGUCGCCAUGGUUGAGUGCGCACUCGCGGAUCUCAACAUUGUGCUGGGUCGCUUUGUCAAGGCCGAGGAGAUUUUGUCGCGGGCUGUUGACGUGUACAUUGCCGAACUCGGAGAGCAUGCCAAGCAGGUUGCCGAAACGCGCAGUCGCCUCGGCACGGCAAUGAUGUCCAUUCCUGGCAAGGUGGCCGAAGCGCGCGGUGUGCUCGAGCUUGCGCUUCGCACUGCCGAGCCGUUGCUGGGAAGCCGUCACCCCAUCACCUCGGACAUUUACUACAGUCUUGGCUGCACAUUUGUGAUGCAAGGAGAAAUGAAGGUGGCCGAGGACUGGCUCAUGAAGGCAUUGCGCAGCAAGGAGGCCGAGUUGGGCGAGUGGCACCCUGACGUGGCUCGGUGCCUCAAUCGCCUCGGCAGCAUGUUCAUCGAGGCCAACCAGUUCCCGGAUGCCGAGAGCUGCUUGACCCGUGCGCUCACCAUUCGCGAGAAAAAGCUGGGCCCGUUCCACUCGACCGUGUCUCAGACGCUCAAGCACAUGAUUUCACUCUACGAGCUGCUGGAAAAGUACGCGGAGGCCUUGCACUGCGGCCAGCGCGCCAUCCCCAUCAUUCGCAAGCUGUUUGGCGAGACUCACAGCAGCACUGCCAGCGUUCUGCUUCGCACGGGCGUGAUUGCUUCGCUGAUGAAAAACAAGCCGCUGGCGAUCGAAUAUCUCACCCAGGCGAUGGAGCUGCGUCGCAAAGUGUAUGGCGACUCGCACGCUUUGACCAUCGAGGCCAAGGACUUGUUGGACGAGAUUGUCGAUCCCGCGCACCAUCGCAAAGUUGUUGCAGAGCGCGAGGCCGAAAAGAAGCAACAAGAGCUCAAGGCGCAGCAGGCGCAAACGCAGUCGCGCUCGCGCGGCGGCUCCCCACCACCUCCGAGCAAACCUGUUGCCACACGACUUGGAGGCAUCCCGCCCCCACCUCCGCCCCCGCCUCCGAUGUUUGGUUCCCAGGGCGGCGCACCACCGCCGCCGCCUCCGCCAAUGUUCGGAGCUGGUCCUCCUCCUCCGCCGCCUGCAAUGUCCAACUUUCUUGGAGGUACGGCACCACCGCCACCACCGCCGCCGCCCGCGAUGUACCUCCAACAACAGUCUCAGCAACAGCAGCAGCAGCAACAGCAGCAGCAGCAGCAGCAGCAACAACAACAACAACAACAAAAGCUGCCUGCGACUCGCGGCUACACUUCUCAUACCCUUGCAGCCAUUGGCGCAGCCACCGCCGCCGAAGCCCGUAAUCGGUUCCAGCUGUCCGUGGAGGCUCCUGUCCAGCAACAGGCAGAGCAAGUGCGCCAGGAGCUUGACAAGCUGACUACCGGUGGUCUUCGCAGCCAUGGUGUGCAGAGCAACAAGAUGGUCGAUGCACGCCAAGCGGCCGUCAACAUGCUCGCCCUGGAAGAUCGCAAGCUCAAGUUCAAAGCUCUGGCAGCCAAGCCCAUGUACAACUGGUCCAAGUAGUUUUAUUUGUUGUUGUUGUUGUUGUUGUUGUUG